AUGUUAAACUGUUUUAUUUAAUUUUUACCUAAAAUUAAUAAAAACUCUCUAAAUAUACGUUUUAAUCUUCAAAUUUUACCAUACGUAUUUGGUGUCUGGUCGUGGGUAUUCUUUUCAUUCCAAAGGUCUCACAAAUGCUUGUUCCCCAGGAUCAUGUGGGGCGAGAGUUUCCAUAUUUGAUAUAGGAAGCUCCAUAUGAUCCGGCUAACAAGCAGUACCAGCCAUACGAUACAAUUAUCUUGUUUAUUAUUUCCAUUCGCCCAUUAUGAAAGGUUUAUUCAGAGGCCUACGUUGCAUAUUUGACACAGAUGAUGAAAAAGAACCAGAAAUUCAGAUUGGUAAUCCGACGGAUGUUAAACACGUCGCACAUAUUGGAUGUGAUGGUCCUUCUACCCCGGCGCCUAGUUGGAUGAACGAGUUUCAAAGUGGUUCCGAUUCUCAAUCCGGUGACAAAAACGCUGGAUCAAAAGAUCUUGGCACCGCCACUGCUUCACCUAGCCGCCCAGGAAAGACAAGGCAAUCCAAGCGGCAACCGACUAGUUCCUCCCUGGGGAACGGCGACUCAUCUGAAAAUCCCAAUCACAAGCCAAGAAAGAGCAAGACAAGUAAUAGUGAUACCAGAAAGAUCAAGAGCUCAAUUCUUGGGUCGGAGUCACAAGCACAAGAACAAAGUGGGAAAAAAACCCGAAAGAAGAAAGGUGAAUCAACAAGAUCUUCCAAAACCAAAAACAAAGAUGCAGAUUCUGGAUGUAGUGAUGGGGUGUGCAAAAAACCAGUCGAUUGAAAUCCAUUUUUUCGUCGAUGAACUUUUAUUUAAAUGAACCUUUAACCGCUUUUUAUCGCAUUAUGUGACCAACAACUUAUUUAUGAAAGUCUAGAUCGUACUUAGAAAGCUUUGUAUAAUUGAACAUAUUCACCCAUGAGAUUUCAAACCUUUCUUAAUUGGAGAAAACCAUGAUGCUAACAGCUAACAUAAAUGUUAGCAUUAUAUGUGUAUACUUGUAUAGUAUAGGGACU